AUGGAAAUGUAAACAAACUAAAUUUUAUGGUAGCAAAAAGACUUAAUUUUAGAUGUCUUCAUUUUAGGAAGUUUAUUCAAACAAAACAAGAAGGAAAAUAAAGUUCAAUUUAAACAUCAUUUUGAUCUAAUUAAAACUCUAAGAGAAUAAAUAAAUCUACAAAUAAUAAGUAGCGAUAGAGUCUUCGAAUUAUUUGACUAAUAUUAUGAAAAGGAUCAAGAUGUAAAUAAAAAAUAGAAAUUUCUAGAUUUUUUAUUUGUUCUAAGAGUUAAAGCAAGAAAGAUAAAGAGAACUUAGGAAUGAUAAUUCUAAAUAAAUAGUAAAUGAUUAAAAAGUAAAGAAGAUUGAAUAAUAAACUUAAUAGAAUUAACAUUAAUUAUAGUAAUUAUAAAAAGUUGAAAUGAAUUAAAUAGAGCAGAAGGGAUAAUUUAAUUAAGAAACAAAUGAAUAAUUCUUAUAAGAUUAAGUGUAAAUUGAUAAUGAUUUAGAAGAUUAUAAAAUUGCACUUUAGCUGUAAAAAUAGUAUAUAAUUUGUUUAUCAGUAGAUUUGAUGAUGAAACUAACUAGGAAACUUAAUAAGUUAAAUAGCUAAAUUUAUAUCUAUUAAAUUAGCAACAAGAUAAGCAAAUAUAAUGUUCAAUAUGUUUAGAUAUAAUAGAAUUUAGUUAAAUAAUUAUGUUAACUUGCAUCCAUUAAUUCCACCAUGAAUGUAUUAAUUAACAUUGUUUAACUCAAAUUUAAUCAAGAUCAUUUCCUAUAAUUUGCCCUAUCAUUGAAUGCAAAGAAAAUAUAAAUUAUUCUGAUCUAAAAGAAAUAUUAGAAGACAAAGCUUUAUAAACAUAUUAAAAAUUUACAUUUUAAUAAUAUGUUGAUACUCAUAGUGAUGAAGUAUUUAUAUUUUCUAUAUCAGUAUUCUUGGUGUCCAACUCCUGAUUGUUAAUAUGUAUUUAUUGCUGGAUCACCUUAAUUCAAUUGCCCUGUUUGUAAUAAAGAAUAUUGUUUAAGUUGCAAGGUCGAAUAUCAUUAAAAUCUUACUUGUUAAGAAUAUAUUGAAAAUUAGAAAAGAUAAUAACUCAAUGCUAAUCCUAUUCCAUAUAAUUAAAAUAAUCUUCCUUCUAAUAAUUAUCAUUUUUAGAUAAAAUAAUAAAAUCCUUAAAUGAUCUAGAUAAAUUAAAAGACAAAUAAAUUGUUUUAAAAUAAUUAGAAUACAUAAUUAUCUUCAAAACCACUAAAUAAUUUUACUAAUUCUACGUUAAUAAAUUAAAGCUUUUAGAUAAACUAAAAUAAUUAUAACCAGUAAAACUUAAUUAAUCAAUAAAGUGUUUAACAAUUGUAAUAAAUUAAUAGAGAUUAAUAAUUUUUAUUUUAAAAUAAAUAUUAAACUUUGAAUAAAAACGUUAAUGUAUCAUAAUAAUUCAUUAAUAUAUAACACUAAUUUAAUAAUACAAACAAUUUGAAAAAGAAUAAUAAUUAGUAGCAAAUAUAAUUUCUCCCCUAGCCUAAAGUUAUGUAAUUUCAACAACACAACAAUAUUUAGACUAGAACUUUUUAAAAUUAAAUAUAAAUCAAUAAUAAUUAUGUUGAUAUUAAUUAAUAGUUGAAUUCAAAAUAAUUAGAUGAUUAAUUUACUAAUUUAAUGAUGAUAUCAAAAUGUAAAUAGUGUCCAAAUUGUAAAAGUUGGGUUGAGAAGUCAUCAGGAUGUGAUCACAUGACGUGUAGGUGUAAAUUUUAAUUUUGCUAUGCUUGUGGAGGAGUAUAUUUAAAGUGUGCUUGUAUUAAUAAGCUUUUCAUUUGA